AUGCCUUCUCCUCCCGCAUCCAACUCCCAGCCUCACAGUUCCAUUCCAGGAUACCGUCCCGGUCCCUACCUCACGCGCUCCAAGAAAUUCUUCCUCGCCGCCGUCGUCUUCAUCCCCGUGGCCUCUUACCUGUGGCUGCGUCGGCUCGAAUCGCAGUCCCGCGAACGCACGAGACUCCUCGAGGAGGAGGGCCGGCGGAAUUGGAUACAGGCCGAGAAGGAAAAACAGCGGUAUCUGGCGAGUAGGAAGGACCGGGACCUGAGCGUCGCGGUGGGGAGGAGUGGUGGGGGAGUCUGA